UGGGGGUGUGCGGUCCACUUCCCAAAAACCUUGCCCUAAGACCAAAAUUAUCUGUGAUUUUCCCUACCUUAUUUAUGACCUGACCAAAAAAAUUCAAAAAUUAGUUCUGAGGUAUUAAAAUUUCAACGAAACACCCAGGCUGAGAGUAAUACUAAACAAUAGAAGUAACAUGAUUUCUCUUGAUUUAGACCCCUAAGCCUCAGUGCUGUUAGAAUUUUAACAAUUUGAAAAUGGUGUAUUUGCAAUUUAUGGGCAUCACUGAUGUUUUUAAGAGUCAAAGAAGCACGAGGUUUUAGGCAAAUGUCAUAUUUUACUACUGAGAGCUUUCAAAAAAUCGCUCAGAUCUGUGUAAAAUCUCGAAUCCCCAGGUUUCCUUCUUAUCACCCCACCAACACCCCGCCCCAUUGAGGAAUUUUACCCCAUUGAGGAAUUUUACCCCUCUGAAUAGUCACGUGAUUCAUUUUUCGGCCAAGAGCGCUGAAGCGCUCCAUUUGAGUACAGUUCGUGUCUCGGUGGAUUGACGCAAAGAUGAGCCGAGAUACACUCCGAUGUGUUAGCUGUAUUCUUUUGGUUGUCUUAGUUGUAUUUCUAACAGAUGUUUGUUGUGAGGAACAAGGUUUGGAUGAGCUCAAACUGCUUGCCAUAACGGUAGCAACAGACGAAACAGAUGGCUAUAAAAGAUUUAUGAGAUCUGCUAAAUCUAGUAACAUCGAUGUGAAGGUGCUCGGAAUGGGCGAGGAAUGGCGAGGUGGAGAUGUGAAGAAUUAUCCUGGUGGAGGCCACAAAAUCAACAUUCUUAAAAAAGAAACAGAACUUCACAAGAAUGAAAGCAAUCUUGUGCUUAUGUUUGUGGAUAGCUAUGAUGUGAUACUACUUGCAAAUCCCAAGGAAUUCCUGAAAAAGUUUCUUGAGUUUAAUGCCAACUUGGUCUUUUCUGCUGAAGGGUUCUGCUGGCCAGACAGAUGGCUCAAAGACCAAUACCCAGAGGUUUCUCAUGGAAAGAAAUAUCUUUGUUCAGGAGGUUUUAUAGGUUAUGCGUCAACAUUCCACCAAGUUGUAGCAGAUCAUGCCAUUGAAGAUGUUGAAGAUGAUCAGUUGUAUUACACCAAGAUAUUUUUGGACAAGCAGAAAAGGGAUCAGUUGAAAAUGAAGUUAGAUAACAAAGCAGAAAUCUUCAUGAAUCUGAAUGGAGCAGAAGAGGAAGUGGAAAUCAAGUUCAGUGGUGACAAGGCCUGGCUGGAGAACAAGGAAUAUGGAACUCAGCCUCUGGUGGCUCAUGGUAAUGGACCUAGCAAGCUGUUUUUAAACUACCUGGAUAACUACCUGCCUGAUAAAUGGAACUUCAGAGAUGGUUGCACUGCGUGUGCUGAAGAUACGAUAUCAUUAGACAAACUCAAGGAAAAGGAAUAUCCUAAAAUCUUGAUGGGUUUGUUUAUUGAAAAGCCUACACCUUUCAUACCAGAGUUUCUGAAUAGAAUGAUGCAGUUGGAUUAUCCUAAAAAGCGCAUUGAUCUUCUGGUCCACAAUAUGGUUUCGUAUCACAAGCCACAAAUUGGAGAAUGGUUAACAGAUGAGAUCAAGGAUCAGUUCAACUCCGUCACUGUACUGCAGCCUGAAGACAAUGUGAAUGAGUAUCAAGCCAGAAAUCGUGCUGUUGAGAUGUGUAAAGAAAAGAAGUGUGACUAUCUUUUCUCUGUUGAUGGAUCUGUUGUUCUUACCAACAAGGAUACGUUGAAGAUUCUCAUCAAACAAAACAGACCUGUGCUAGCACCUAUUGUAACAAAGCACGGCAAACUGUGGUCAAACUUCUGGGGCGCACUUGGAAAUGAUGGUUACUAUGCUCGAUCACGUGAUUACCUUGCUAUUGUUCAGAAGCAGAGAAAGGGUGUAUGGAAUUCUCCUUUCAUUACAAGCAUUUAUUUGAUCCAAAAACAAGUCUUGAACAAGAUGCAAGGAAGCUUUGGGCCUUCUAAACUUGAUCCAGACAUGGCAUUGUGCCAGUAUUUCAGAGAUCGUGGAAUUUUCAUGUAUGCCACCAAUCUUUAUGACUUUGGUCGUCUGCUGGAGACCGACAAUUAUAACACAAAUCAUUUGCACAAUGAUUUAUGGGAGAUCUUUGACAACAGAUUGGACUGGGAGGAGAAAUAUAUUCAUGAAAAUUAUUCAGGGAACCUGAACUACAGCGUUCCUAUUGAAGAGCCUUGUCCCGAUGUGUACUGGUUCCCUAUCGUGACAGAUACUUUUGCCAAGCAUCUUAUCGAGGAAAUGGAACAUUUUGGUGACUGGUCUGGAGGAAAACAUGAGGAUAAGCGACUCUCAGGAGGCUAUGAGAAUGUGCCGACGGACGACAUACACAUGAACCAGAUCGGCUAUGAGAGACACUGGCUUCACUUUCUCAAAGAGUUCAUUGUACCUGUCAACGCCAGACUGUACCCUGGUUACAACUCUGAGGCUCGUUCCGUCAUGAACUUUGUUGUAAAGUACGAUCCUAACCGACAGUACUAUCUCAGACCACAUCAUGACUCUUCAACGUACACAAUCAACAUUGCUUUGACUAGGCCAGGGAUUGACCACGGAGGCGGGGGAUGCAGAUUUUUGCGUUACAACUGUCAAGUCACGGAAACUCGCCGAGGCUGGUCUUUCAUGCACCCAGGACGGCUCACGCAUUACCACGAAGGAUUGCCCGUGACAUGGGGAAAGCGUUACAUCAUGAUCUCUUUUGUAGACCCUUGAAAACAAGAUAUUACGCUUAUAAUAUAAAAAGAAAUUACUCCUAUUUUUAGUACGCAGAAUACAGAUGGAAUUUCCAAGCUAUUUUUGAAACUAAUUUUUACCGUGUCGCUAAAAUCUUCUUUAAGCAGCUAUUUUCUCAGUUGGUCCGCAGCAAGUAGUUUCAUGUCAAAGGAAUUAAACUGUACUUGAUGGAAGUCCAAGUCUUGAACAGAUUGGACAAGAAACAGUGCAAGGCUUAGACGCAAGGCGCACAAUUUGGCAGUCAGCAACUUUCAUCCCGUUGUUGUUAUUAAAUUUACAAAUAGGAAGUAGUGUUUGAUAUAUAAACUCAGAUUUUAUAAGAAUUGAUGUAGUUAAAUUUAAUGAUAUCCUAAUAUCAAAGUAUGUAGUAUCUCUUAGCAAUCGUCACUUCACUUGUUACGUAACGCUUCACUCGGAAAAGAGAAUAUUUCGUGACAAUGUAAGUCACGACAGGGAAAGAGACCUUCAAUAUAGUUGAUGUUAAUCAUAUAUUUGUUGUUUAAGUUCAAGAUGUUGUGAUUGAGAUAUAAUAUACGGGUAGUACUGUUGUAAACCCAUGCCCUGAUGUCUGCUGUUUGAAGCAUGUUAGAGCGGGUUGCAGGGCUUCCAUUAAGUCUCGUACCUUCUGUGAGUAUGAACGGGGUAUCGCCUGGUGCAAGAAGCUUGGAAAUGAAAAUAAACGCCUGGCAACAUUGUA